CUCCCCCUCUCCCUCCCUCUCUCUCUCUCCCCUCCGGAUGCUGUGCCCCUCAGCCCAAUGACACAGACUGCUCUAAUACAGAGGGCAUCUGUCCGCUGACAUGUGAAGCCAUGGACCUGGCCUGCUACCUCAUCGACAGCAAUGCUUUCAUAAUCAUCUCCAAAGAAAAAAGCCAUGUGGGGAGGUUCUUUGGAGAAGUUGACGGCUCAGUGAUGGCACGCCUUAUCAAGAUGGCCAUGUUCAAAAGGGUAUCUCUGUACGACUAUCAGGCCAUGUGUAAGAUGGGAGGACAUUCUGCCAGCAGCGCCAGACCCCUUCUUAGUCCCUUCUAUGGUCUGGCGGCUGCUCUAAAGUGGUUCCUCACAAACUUCCUACUGUUUUUACUGGAGUUCAACAUCUGUGGUCUCUGGCACUCUGACCGCUUUGCUGAAGCCAAGCCUGGCUUCAAAGCGUCGGCCCAGAAGAAGAAGGGAGACAUCCUGCAGCCGUGUGACACAGAGUACCCCAGCUUUGUCUACGAGCCCUCCAUCAAGGAGACCAACAGCCUCAUUAAGUGUGGACGCUGUCAGAAGAUGUUUGUAACCCAGGCUGUCCCUGACAGUAACCUGCUGAUGUUGGUGGUACAGGCAGACUGUGACUGUUCCCGUCAGUACCCUGCUAUCACCAUGGAACCCAAGGAAGUGAAAUAUAACGCCUCAGUAAAGUGUGACAGGAUGAAAUCUCAGAAGGUCCGUAGGAGACCCGAGUCCUGCCACGCCUAUCACCCUCAGGAAAACGCCAAGGAGUGUGGAGAUGCAUCGCAGAUCUACCUGUCUGUCUCUCUCUUCCUAACCUGUCUCACUGCCUCCUUCACCUGUCUCAAGGCCUCCACGCUGGUCUUCCGAUGACAGACAGAUAGCUACCUAGCCUAAACCCCGCCCCCUCUGGAAAUCUCUCUAGAAUGUUCCAGAAUGCCUGAUCUUAGCAUGCCUGCUACUGCUUGCGUUAUCUAUAUCAAUCAAUAUGACUAUAUGGCUAAAAUUAUGAUAUUGAUCAUUUGGGCUGAUGGACUGAGAGGAAUAAGCUGUUGACUGACUCCAUGCUUGAUGACUUUACAAUCACAGAGAGCUGUUGACUGACUCCUUGUUUGAUGACUUUCAACCACCAAAGUUGUGCUUCUUUGGAAAACCGUUCUAAAACCAUGAAAGGGCUUUUUGGCUUCUUCUUCUUCAGUGUCUGAUAAGAGAACAUUAUAGUGUUUCUAUGCAAAAGGAAACAUACUUUAUUUGACCGUGGAAAGAUCCAGUAUCGUCAAUACGAUUCCAAAGGACUUGACUUUGCAAUAAGACCAUGGAAGACUCUCAGUCUGUGGAUGAUGGGUUUUAUAAAUGGUUUUGAUAAAAUAAUACUCUGGAUUCAUGCAUGUGUUGUCUGUUUACCUUAAGCCAUGAAAUGGAGGAAGAACCUUGGAUAAGGCAGUGGCAUCUUUGAACAGUGAUACAAUUCAGAUAGUAGAAUCGGUGACCCCUGCUGGUUGAAAUAUGACAUUGCAGGAUGGUGAUGAAUCAACUGGAGGCUGGCUGGCUGCUGAAGGAUGAACACAAUGGACUCAACUUCCACAUUGUUCUGUUCAUAACUCAUCAGUCUUUGGUCUACGCACCAUAAACACAUCAAGUAUCUACUAUUAAAUGUGAGCUGGGUUUUCACUGUUGGAAAUGGAUGGACUGUUUCAGGAAAAACCUUCAAGUCACAUCAUAUAUGCAAUCUAAGGCUUAUUAACCAGUUGACUUAGUUGGCUGACUGCAAAACAAGAACCAUUACUGACCACUUACUUCUGUGAUGGACUACUAGGUGGAACAACCAUUCUGUUAGAAGGAACAACGUUACAAUGUGAUGGACUACUAGGUGGAACAACCAUUCUGUUAGAAGGAACAACGUUACAAUGUGAUGGACUACUAGGUGGAACAACCAUUCUGUUAGAAGGAACAACGUUACAAUGUGAUGGACUACUAGGUGGAACAACCAUUCUGUUAGAAGGAACAACGUUACAAUGUGUUGAUAUCAGGAUCUCCAAGGUGUCUUUCAUCUGAGUUUUACUGUUUUACUCCAAAGACUUUUAUGACGGUUUAUAGUUUUCAGCUAAAUUCAUGCAUUCAAUUAUUAUAUUUUUCAUUACAUAAUCUGUUCUUUCUAAUUCAAAUGACUUGAAUGAAAUGAGUAUAAAAUGCAUCAUUGAGAAUAAUAGGAUGGGAUACUACUAGUAUUGCUGCUGGACAUUAAACACUACUGUCAGAUGUUACUGUCUAGUGAUUUUCUAACUGGUGUUUUUUAUCAGUCUGUCCUUUUCACUUUGACAGUGAUGCUCUAAUGAUUUCAUAUCAUCAUGUGGUAACUGUCCUCAUGAUGCAGUAUUGUUGAUAAAAGAUGCUGUUGCCCAUGUGUAUGUAUGUAAUGUGAUGUCCUGAGUCCUGUGUGUCUUCUGUGUGUCUGGCUUGGCUUGUGUCCCACAUGGUACCCUUUAACCCUAUGUAGUGCACUACUUUUGACCAGGGCCCAUAGGGAAUAGGGGACCAUUUGGAACACAGCUUGAGAGUCUAGAAGGCAAUUUGAUUCUCACAGCACAGUUUGAUUGACAUGUAGGAUAAUCUGCAAUGGAUCAAUAAUAAUACAAUGAAUAAACUUCCCCUUUAUUUUAAAGUU